CGUCCGCGGCGCGCACCUCGUGUCCAGGCCCAGCCGGCCGGCGCGGCGAGCAUGGCGGGCGCGGGCGCGGGCGCGAAGCGGCGCGCGGUGGCGGGCCCGGCGGUCGAGGAGGAGGAGCGGCAGGCGCGGGAGAGGAUGCUGGCGGCGCGGCGCGCGGACGGCGGCGACCCGGCGGAGGAGGGCGUGACCCUACAGCGCAACAUCACGCUGCUCAACGGCGUGGCCAUCAUCGUGGGCACCAUCAUCGGUUCGGGCAUCUUCGUGACGCCCACGGGCGUGCUCAAGGAGGCGGGCUCGCCGGGGCUGGCGCUGGUGGUGUGGGCCGUGUGCGGCAUCUUCUCCAUCGUGGGCGCGCUCUGCUACGCCGAGCUGGGCACCACCAUCUCCAAGUCCGGCGGCGACUACGCCUACAUGCUGGAGGUGUACGGCUCCCUGCCCGCCUUCCUGAAGCUCUGGAUCGAGCUGCUCAUCAUCCGGCCGUCCUCGCAGUACAUCGUGGCGCUCGUCUUCGCCACCUACUUGCUCAAGCCGCUCUUCCCCACCUGCCCCGUGCCGGAGGAGGCCGCCAAGCUCGUGGCCUGCCUCUGCGUGCUGCUGCUCACGGCCGUGAACUGCUACAGCGUGAAAGCUGCCACCCGCGUGCAGGACGCCUUCGCGGCAGCCAAGCUCCUGGCCCUGGCCCUGAUCAUCCUGCUGGGCUUCAUCCAGAUCGGGAAGGGUGGCGUGUCUAAUCUGAACCCAGAGUUCUCCUUCCAAGGCACCAACCUGGACGUGGGCAACAUCGUGCUGGCCUUGUACAGUGGCCUCUUUGCCUACGGAGGAUGGAAUUACCUGAACUUUGUCACAGAGGAGAUGAUCAACCCCUACAGGAACCUGCCCCUGGCCAUCAUCAUCUCCCUCCCCAUCGUCACCCUGGUAUACGUGCUGACGAACCUGGCCUACUUCACCACGCUGACCACUGAGCAGAUGCUGACGUCCGAGGCUGUGGCCGUGGACUUUGGGAACUACCACCUGGGAGUCAUGUCCUGGAUCAUCCCCGUCUUUGUGGGCCUGUCCUGCUUCGGCUCUGUCAACGGGUCCCUGUUCACGUCCUCCAGGCUGUUCUUCGUGGGGUCCAGGGAAGGCCACCUGCCCUCGAUCCUGUCCAUGAUCCACCCACAGCUCCUGACACCCAUGCCAUCCCUUGUGUUCACGUGCGUCAUGACCCUGCUGUACGCCUUUUCCAAAGACAUCUUCUCCGUCAUCAACUUCUUCAGCUUCUUCAACUGGCUCUGCGUGGCCCUGGCCAUCAUCGGUAUGGUCUGGCUCCGCUUCAAGAAGCCCGAGCUGCAGCGGCCCAUCAAGGUGAACCUGGCCAUGCCGGUCUUCUUCAUCCUGGCCUGUCUGUUCCUCAUCGCCGUGUCCUUCUGGAAGACACCUGUGGAAUGUGGCAUUGGCUUCGCCAUCAUCCUCAGUGGGCUGCCUGUCUACUUCCUCGGGGUCUGGUGGCAGAACAAGCCCAAGUGGCUCCUCCAGGGCAUCUUCUCCACCACCGUCCUUUGCCAGAAGCUCAUGCAGGUGGUCCCGCAGGAGACCUAGCUGGCGGCAGACGCUGCGGCAGGGAGCACGC